UUCUAUUUCUUUAUUAUUAUUUUUUCAAAGCCUAAAAAAAAAAAAGGUUUAAAAAAUGGGAUUAAAAGUUCAGCUCGAGCUGGCCUCGAGCUCCACUUAAAAUCCCCAACACCGUCACUUCCUUUUCCCAAGCUCAGACAGCUCCAGACGAUGCCCCAACCCCCACACCCCGCCCUCCUCCUCCACCUCCUCCUCCUCCUCCUCCUCCUCUCCUCCGCCGCCGUCGCCGUGAGCAAUGCCCCCGCCACAUCCCUGCAGUUCAGGGAAGCCCCACAAUUCUACAAUUCCCCGGACUGCCCCUCUCUCGCCUCCCAAGAACACCCCCACAGCUGCAUCUAUUCCGAUGCGGCUGUCCACGUGGCGAUGACCCUCGACGCCGCCUACAUCCGCGGCUCCAUGGCCGCCAUCCUCUCCGUCCUCCAACACUCCUCCUGCCCCCAAAACGUCGUCUUCCACUUCGUCGUCUCCGCCUCCUCCUCCCCCGCCCUCCUCCGCGCCACCGUCGCCUCCUCCUUCCCCUACCUCCGCUUCCGCCUCUACCCUUUCGACGACGCCGCCGUCGCCGGCCUCAUAUCCACCUCCAUCCGCUCCGCCCUGGACUCCCCUCUCAACUACGCCCGCAGCUACCUCCCCUCCCUCCUUCCCCCCUGCGUCCGCCGCGUCGUCUACCUAGACUCCGAUCUCAUCCUGGUCGACGACAUCGCCAAGCUCGCCGCCACCCCUCUCGGCGGCUCCGCUGUCCUCGCCGCCCCCGAAUACUGCAACGCCAAUUUCACCUCCUACUUCACCCUUACCUUCUGGUCCAACCCCUCCCUCUCCCUCACCUUCGCCGACCGCCGCCUCUGCUACUUCAACACCGGCGUCAUGGUCAUCGAUCUCCACCGGUGGCGUGCCGGAGACUUCACCGCCAAAAUCGAAGAGUGGAUGGAGCUCCAGAAGAGGAUGAGGAUCUACGAAUUGGGUUCUCUGCCUCCCUUCCUCCUCGUCUUCGCGGGAAACAUAGUUCCAGUAGAUCACCGGUGGAACCAGCACGGUCUCGGCGGCGACAAUUUCAGGGGACUCUGUAGGGAUCUGCAUCCCGGUCCGGUGAGCCUUCUGCAUUGGAGCGGGAAGGGUAAGCCAUGGGCUCGGCUCGAUUCAAAUCGGCACUGCCCAUUGGACGCUCUCUGGGCUCCUUAUGAUCUCUUGAAAACUCCAUUUUCUUUGGAUUCUUAAAUAAGAAUCCUGAAAUUGAGAAGCUGAAACCAAAAUUGGAGUCGAUGGCUGUAGUGUUUAUUGAAUCUUCAGUACCCUGUUCUCAAGGAUAAGGUGGAUGGGAGUUGAAGAUGGGUGAAUGGAUUAACGACCCAGUUAAAAAGAGUAAGAUUAAAGACUGGGAUCGAUUUCUGAAUCUCUGUUUGAUCGAUCAAAGAGGGAAGCUACGGUCGGAAGUGGUAAUGUAUUGGGGAUAAUAAGAAGGAGAAGAAGAAGAAGAAGGGGAAGUUCAUAAAUUGUAGAGUAUGGUGCAUGGCUACUGGGAAGCAUCUUUAGAUCCAAUACACCUGUCAAAACUAGGUUCGAUUUUUUCUUUUUUUCACCUUAUCUGGAAUAUUAUGGAACAGAGAGGUUUAAAAUUACAAUUACAGGGUCGUGACAAUAACGAGAAAAUCCAAAAGAGAAUGGAUUUUGUUCUUCAAAUUAUUUGCUUCUCUAGUUAUUGAAUGACUAUAAUUUGUAAGUAUCACAUAAUGGAGUUUGUAUAGAGAAAAAAAAAAAAAAAAAAUUUUGCCUCAUUUCUUUCUAAAUAAUGUGUACUAAAUUUUAAGCAGAAUAAAAUAAAGAGUAUUGAUUGAAUGAGCUA